AUGACUUCAUACCUCAUCAUCGGCGCAGGCAACUUCGGUGCCGCCACAGCACUGACUCUGGCCCGACGAGGCGAAGCUUCCAGCAUCACCAUAGUCGACACGGUCGAUUUCCCCAAUCCUCGUUCCGCUUCUCAUGACAUCAACAAGAUUGUGCGUGAUGAUUAUCCUGACAAGUUGUACAUGCGCAUGCUCGUCGAUGCCAUGCCAAAGUGGCGCAACGACAAGCUAUACAACACCUACUACCAUGAGGUCGGCAUGCUGCGAGCGGACACAUCAAACUUUGGCCAGGCGAGCAUAGCCGCUUACAGGGACUUUGGCGUUGCCAACAAGUCCGAGUUCCUCCCGGUGGAUGAGGUGCGCAAGCGCUGGAACGGCGCCUUUGCGACGGCCAACUUCGACGGGCUCGACACCGUCCUCUACAACCCAACCGUCGGCUUUGCCGAGGCCGACAAGGCACUUUCAGCCGUCAUCCGAGAGGCUGUCGAUCAAGGUGUCGAAUAUCGUAUUGGCGUCAUGAAGACGCUUACAUUUGGCUCGUCUGGGGAGUGUACCGGAAUCGUUCUUGAGAACGGCGAUGUGCUGCGAGCCGACAAGGUCCUCCUCGCCACGGGGGCCCGGACAGCGGCCCUCUUGGCGCAGAGCGCGCCAGAAAACCAAGACUUGCAUGCCGGUGACAGGGUCCUUGCCACAGGAGCUCUGAGCUUUUAUGCGAAGCUCGUCGGAGAACAACGGAACAAGUUUGCACCAAUCCCAGUCCUCAAGAACUGUCUCCCCAACGUGAAAGGUGAGGGCAUGUCGAUUCUCAAGGAUGGAACCAUCAAGUUUAACUGCGACAUGUGCUUCACCAACUAUGUCACCUUCCCCCCCACAGGCGAAAGGAUGUCCGUGGCGCCAGAAGGAAACGUGUUCAGCAGCUGGACGGGCCCCAAGUUUUUCCAAUUUCUACAGACGCGCGCACGACAGACUAUGGACGCUCUGUACGGCAAUGAAGUCGAGGACAUUGCCAUUGAAGCCUAUCGGUUGUGCUGGGACGCCUCAACUCCCACGCACGAUUUCCUCAUCACGCCGCACCCGCACUCCCAAGGUCUCUACGUGGCCACGGGCGGUUCGUUUCACGGCUGGAAAUUCCUACCGGUGAUUGGUGACUACAUAGUCGACAUGAUGCAGGGCCGCCUAGACUCGGCUUACACUCAGCGUUGGGCAUGGGACAAGAAAAGCGAGGGCUGUCAUUCUGCCAACCCGACGUACCAAAUUGUUGGAGACUUGCAGGAUUGGAUCUCUUGA